CUAAAUCAAGCUAGUAAUACACAUCGAAUUCUCGAAUUCUUGUUCUUAAUUUUGUUCUUGCGAUCCGCUUUGUAAAUCGGAUCAUUUGGUGGAUUUACUGUCCAUCAAAUUGGUGCUCUCGUUGAGAGUUCAAGAAUCAUACUCGGAAGAAAUCAUCCACAACGACGAUGGUGCAAACACGUAGCAACACCAACGUAGGUACCGGAGUUCCCCAACAGGGGGAGAACAGCGCCACCGGAGGUCGGCACCCCCCCAUCACCACCGGGGAGGCUGAGGCCCUCAUUCAGAGGGUUGGGAUCACGAUCGAACAAUUCAAGGAGGUGCUGGCCGCACUUGCGCCCAACCGCGAGGUAGUGGUGGGAGAUGUGGCAGGGGGACCCACAGGCGAGAAGGCUGGACCUGCGGGCUCCCAAGGAAAAAAGAAAAAAGUGAGGCGGUCCCAGAAGAAGAAGGCGACCAAGCCCAAUGGGAAGGCUAUGAUGGCAGAUGCGCUCUCCAGGCUGGAAGAAGAGGACGAGUCGUCCUCCUUCGAGCGGAUGUCUGCUUUUGACCGUUUGGGAGAUCCCAAGUCGAAGAAACCUCGGACCUCUGCGUUCGAAAGGUUGCAGGACACUCGGUCGGCCCGAAAAGGCGACUUGAGAGACACGCUCAAGGAGAAGAGAGGGGAGUCCUCAGCGACCUCCAAGGUCGGUUAUGAGGAGCGACGGACGACAGUCGGGGAUAAGGGUGCAACCGAGCUAUGGAAAAUGUACGAACAACUGGAGAAGCGGCUGGAUGCCCAGAACCCCUAUCGCCAGGCGGUCUUCAGUGAGAUCAAGGCAUACAAUGGGACGACCGAUCCCCAAGACCACCUCGCUCGUUUCGGGGCCAACGUGGUCAUGUACGCGUAUCCAGAAGAAAUCAAGUGUCGGUGCUUCCUGGCGACACUGGAAGGGCAGGCUUGUGAGUGGUUUCACAAGUUACCCAAGGGGUCGAUAGAUAAGUGGGGAGACCUGGUCCACAAGUUCUUGGAGCACUUCGCGUCCAGCCGGAGACAAAAGCUCCCCUUCUCGCAUUUGCUCAAUGUGAAGAUCCGGAAGGGGGAACAGCUCCGGGAGUUCAUUAAUAGGUGGGAGAAGGAGGCUAGGGAUGUCCAAGGGGCGGACGACCAAGCCCUGAUCGCCAUGCUCCAAGCUGCACUCCCCCAAGGGGAUGUGCGUAAGGAGCUGCGACGAAAUCCUCUCUCGACCUAUCAAGAGAUGUUGGCCAAGGUGAAGUACCUGGCGCUGGAAGAGGAAGAUGAUGAGCCACCAGUCCGGAAGGAGAAGAAAAGCGGGCCACCGGUGGCAAAAGGAAAGAAGAGGAAGGAAUAUGGUAAGGGGCCGAACCCCACCGGGUAUCAUGCGAACAGGCAUCCCGUUCACGCGGUACAGUCGUUGCCGGCCCCUCCUCAUGGUCGGGAAAGCUAUGGUGUGCAAGAUGCACCCAAAAACUGCGAGUACCACCGUAACAGCACCCAUAACACGUCGGAGUGCGUUACGCUGAAGAAGGAGAUGGAUCAGCUGAUCGCUAGAGGGCCACCUCCUCGGUCAGAGCGACCGUCCACAAGUAACCGGACCUGGAGGAGGCCGCCAGCCCCCACGACAGCGAUCACAGCAGGAGAGGGGCAAGAAGAUGGACGGCGGCACCUAGGGCGAGAUUGUGAUGACCUAGAUGAGGAGGAGAGGCAAGGUCGCCGACACCUGGGGUGUCGGUUCAUCAUGGGAGGAAACACUGGAGGAGAUUCGGUAUCCUCCCGGAAGAAGUGGAAGAACAUGGUGUACCUGGCCGAGGUACAGAGGCCACCGCUGCCUAAGCGAAAGAAGAAGGAACCUAUGAUCUUUACAGACGAGGAUUAUCCCCCAGUCCUCAGUCCUCACAGGGACGCUCUGGUGAUAAGAGUGGAGAUCAAUAAUGUGGCCGUCCACCGAACCUUGGUCGAUACGGGCAGCUCGGUCAACGUAAUGUACAGCAACACCUUUAAGGAGUUGGGAUUGUCCCGAAGCGACCUGAAGCCAAUCCAUACGCCGCUGUCAGGAUUUACAGGGGAUACUAUCGAAGCAGAAGGAACUAUCACGGUAAAGGCCGGGGUAGGAGAUGGCACCCACCGACUCUGGGUCGACAUGGAAUUUAUGAUAGUACAGCUCGACUGAGCCCACCAUCUGAUUCUGGGACGACCAGGGUUGGAGGACCUGGAGUGCGUAAUCUCCCCCGUCCACUUAUGCCUAAAGUUCAACACUCCCACAGGGGUGGGAGUAGCAAAGGGGAACCAGAGCCUGUCACGG